AUGGAAUCACUGGAUUGGAUUGGGAGAAGUAUACGAGUUAAUGGGAGAUCCCUAUCAAACCGUCGCUUUGCGGACGAUGUUGUUCUCUUCUUGAGGCCCUACGUAUAUCUCGGGUCGAUGGACCUGGAGAACGAUUUAAAAGAAGAAUUGAGCGGGAGGCAAAAAGCAGCUUGGGCCGCCUUUCGGCGCGUAAAGGAAGCCGCAGACCAACUCGGACCCAAAGCUCCGAGCCCACCUAUUCGCUUCAACCGCUCGCUUUGCGUUCUGUCACGCAGCAGACUGGCCUGA